AUGUCUGAGUACCAGAUUUUUGUGCUGUCAAAAGAACAUUUUAAUGGUUUCGUAUAUGAAGGACCGGAUGGUGGAACACCAAUUUAUCUCUAUUCACACGACAAUCAUUACGAUGUGAUCACAUCAAUGUCAGGAUUUCUGAAUCGUGUGUAUUAUUGUCAGAAGUGCAGGAAGGGAUAUGACCAUAAAGAACAACACGGAUGCAACGAUCCCUGCAAGACAUGUCAUCAUCUUCAUGACGACCGUCGUGAUGACCCAAAGAUAUGUAAUGUUUGCAAUCGCAAGUUCAUAAAUGAGACUUGUUUCAAGUUACACAAGAAGUUAUCCAGAAGUAAACAGUCGACUUGCAAACAGUACAGAAAAUGCGAAAAAUGUAAGGUGACCAUCAACUUGAAAAGACACUCUCGUACACACAGGUGCGGUGAAAAGUACUGCCAAUUGUGCAAGGAUUUCUUCAUGCCCGAUCAUCGGUGUUAUCUGAAACCAGUUGAGGCAGAUGCUCGUAAGUCCGCAAUGCAUCAAAUAUACAUAUUUUUUGCUUUUCAGUAUGUCAUUGACGAGAGUAACCAAUGCAUCAAAGGAUUCAGGGCGGACGAGAACAAUAUCUGUACCAAUUGUAAAAAACGUACGUGUAGGGCAGCUAGUUAUAGACCAAAUCUGUGCGUCGUUCAGAAAAUCUGCACUAGAUGUCUGGACAAGUAUGAAAUCGACGACGAGUCUAAGUGUAAUGUCUGCGACUCAAAUCAACUCGUAUUCGAUGGAGAAAACACGUCAGAAACAUUUUGCAAAUGGCUGUUUCAUAGACGUAAUUACGGUGCGACUGUGAUAUGUCACAAUUUCAAAGGAUAUGACAGUUAUCCAAUACUGAAGUACUUGCACAACAAUGCAAUCUUACCGAAGGUCGUUACGUCAGGAGCCAAGUACACAUCGAUCAAGGUGAAAGAAUGUCGAAUCAGAUUCAUCGACUCUCGCAACUUCCUUCCAAUGACACUGCAAGAGAUGUCCGAAUCGUUCAAUGAAAAGAAAUUGGUAGAUGGAUACUUUCCUUAUCUGUUUAAUCUGAAGAAGAAUCAGUCUGUCACGUUGCAGAGUCUUCCCGAUGUUUCGUAUUACAAUCCCGACGACAUGAAACAGAACGCUAGAGACAAGUUCAUGACCUGGUACGAGAAACAUCGCGGCGACAGCUUUGACUUUCAGAGCGAACUGUUGAGACACUGCAAGAGCGACGUUGAUUUAUUGAGACGAUGCUGCAUGAAGUUUCGUUCAUUAUUCAUCGACAUAAGUAAGAAAAAGACGUUAGCCGGAAUCGAUCCAUUCGAAAAAUGCACGACGAUUGCUUCAGCGUGUCAUCUCUUGUACAGAGCCAACUUCCUCAAGCCCGACACCAUCGCCAUCAUACCUAGUCACGGGUAUCGACCAGAAGAAAAUCAGUCAAUGAUUGCCUUUCAGUGGCUUUCGUUCAUAGCUCACAAGCGUAAUAUACAAAUUCAGCACGGACGUAACGUUGGCGAAAAGGAGAUUGGGCCGUACAAGGUGGAUGGUUAUUACCGAAACGAGAAUGGAAAAGAAGUCGCUCUGGAGUUUCAUGGCGAUUUUUGGCACGGUUGCAACAAGUGUUACGCUCCAAGUACACGAAAUCCGGUGUUAGACUGCACGAUGGGAGAAAUGUAUCAGAGAACCUUGGAUAAGAAAUCGUACAUAGAGUCGCUCGGUAUUAUCUAUGAAGAAAUGUGGGAGUGCGAAUUCAAGAGACAAAUCAAAGAGAACUCUGAACUGAGUGAGUUCAUCAAGUCGCUAGACAUCGUAGCUCCGUUGGCUCCAAAGGAAGCAUUUUUUGGCGGACGAACGGAAUGUUUCAAACGUCUCGAAACAGCUUCAUGUGACCGAGAGAUCAAGUACUACGACAUUACUUCUCUCUAUCCGUACAUCAACAAAACUGGGAAGGUUCCUCUGGGACAUCCAAACGUAAUCACCGAACGUUUCGACAGUAUAGACAAGUACGAAGGCUUGAUGAAAUGCAAGGUGCUUCCACCUGCUCGGCUUUUCAUUCCGGUGUUGCCGUUCAGAGCCAACGACAAGUUGGUUUUCACCUUGUGUCGCACAUGUAGCGAAACAAAUCAGCAAACAGAAUGCAUGCAUUCAGAUUCGGAACGUGCUCUGACUAGCACAUGGGUGACAGACGAAAUCAAAGUGGCUUUGAAGAACGGUUAUCAAUUGUUGAAAGUGUACGAAGUUUGGCAUUUCGACAAGAUAUCUCAAUAUGAGCCGGAUACUAAAAACAAAGGCGUGUUCACCAAGUAUAUCAACACGUUUCUGAAACUGAAACAAGAAGCUAGCGGAUGGCCUAGUCAUUGCAAAACCUACAAGGACAAGAUUCAAUACAUACAAUCCUACUACCAAAAGGAAGGUGUCAGACUGGAGUACAAAAAGAUCGAGAAAAAUCCCGGACUUCGAGCACUGGCCAAGUUGAUGUUGAAUUCGUUUUGGGGCAAAUUCGGUCAGAAAUCGAAUCUCACUCAGUCUAGUUAUGUGUUGGAACAAAACGAAUUCGUAAAUACCCUGACCGCAGGUUUGCAAGACGUGAAGAACGUAAGACAUAUCAACGAAGAAGCGUUGCAACUGGAUUGGGCGUACGACGAUAACUUCAUUGUAUCUUCAUCGCAGUCCAACGUCGUGAUUGCAGCAUAUACCACUGCUCAGGCGCGUCUGAAACUGUACGAAACGCUUGUACGUCUUGACAAGAGAGCGAUCUACUGUGACACAGACUCGGUCGUGUUUUUGACAUCACCUGGCCUUUGGCAACCACCUCUGGGAGACUUUCUGGGAGAGUUCAAGGACGAAGCUGCUGACAACAGUAUCACUAGUUUCGUCGCGACAGGACCUAAAAGCUACGCGUACGAGUUGGCAAAGUCUGACAAAGACGGAAACAGCUCAAUAUGCAAGUUCAGAGGCGUCAACCUGAACUCAAAGAACGCCCUUCAAAUAAAUUUCCAAACUCUUCGAGACUUGGUUGUUGGAAACAGCUCCGAAAUGUUAACCGUUACAGAUCCGCAUGCAAUGAAGAGACUACCAGGAACUGGACAGUUAUUGAGCAUUGCUCAAACGAAGAGCUUUCAACCUUCGUUCGAUAAACGAGUCGUGGUUGAAGAAGUGAACACCGUUCCUCACGGGUACAAGUCAUUAAUUUGA